AGCCCGGCUCUUCCUGGCGCCGUUGCCCGUUGCUUGUUGCUGCUUGUGGCUCUUGGCUCUCAACGUCAAAAGCAGCAUCACCUACUCGACUCGACUUACUCUACCUGGUACUCACUCUCUCCGCCGCCGUCUCCCGCUCGCCAGUCACCUCUCCACCCUCUCCUCCUCCUCUUCUCGUCAUCCACGUCGCCGAUUCCUGUCGACUCGGCCCUCUCCAGCUGCCGCCGCCACUAUUCAACGGCUGCUGCGCUCUCUCGCUUGCCGUGCUCACCUCUCGUCUCCCCGCUUCGCAGACUCUUUCGCCCAUCAUGAAGGUCACUUUCAAGGAUCUCAAGCAGCAAAAGUUCACGCUCGACGUCGAACCCUCCGAGCUGAUCUCCGCUGUCAAGGAAAAGAUUUCCGCCGAGAAGGGCUGGGAUCCCAAGCUGCAGAAGCUCAUCUACUCUGGCAAGAUCUUGAAGGAUGAAGAAACCGUCGGCUCCUACAACAUCGAGGAGAAGGGCUUUGUUGUCUGCAUGGUGAACAAGCCCAAGGGAAAGCCUGCUCCUCCCGCCCCCGCCCCCGAGUCCUCUGCCGCUCCCCCCGCGACGCCCGCUCAACACAUCGCCAGCACGCCAGCUGCCCCCCCCGCUCCCAUCCAGGCCGCUUCGCACUCGUCUGCUGUUCCCGCGACCCCUACCCCUCAGCGCUCCGCCGAUACUGGAUCUGGCAAUGAUGCUUCAACUCUGGCCAUGGGCAACGCGCGCACCGAGGCCAUUGCUAACAUGGAGGCCAUGGGUUUCGAGAAGCCUGCGAUUGAGGCUGCCAUGCGUGCUGCCUUCAACAACCCCGAUCGCGCCGUUGAGUAUCUCUUGAAUGGAAUCCCCGACAACAUUCAGCAGGAGCAGCAACAACGUCAAGCCGCUGCCGCCCCUAGUUCUGGCGCUCGACCCGCUGCCGCUGCCCAGGGCGGUGACGAUGGCAACGUGAACCUGUUCGACCUUGCUGCUCAGCAUGGUGGCACUCCCCGAAGUGGAAGUGGCAACAACCAGGAGGCUGCCGCCGCCGCCGCUGCUGCCGCUGCCGCCACCCAGGGUGGCGAUUUGGGCAACUUGGACUUCCUGCGACACAAUGCUCAGUUCCAGCAGCUGCGCCAAGUCGUUCAACAACAGCCCCAGAUGCUUGAGCCUAUCCUCCAGCAGCUUGGCGCCGGAAACCCCCAGCUUGCCCAGCUCAUUGCCUCAAACCCCGACCAAUUCCUUCAGCUUCUUGGCGAGGAUGCUGGUGAUGACGAUGUUCCUCUUCCCCCUGGCGCCCAGGCUAUCUCUGUCACCGAAGAGGAGCGCGACGCAAUUGAGCGACUAUGCCGACUAGGAUUCGACCGUGAUCAGGCUAUCCAGGCCUACUUUGCCUGCGACAAGAACGAGGAACUCGCCGCCAACUUCCUCUUCGACCAACCAGAGGACGACGAGACUGGCCCCGGAAACUAAAUACGGGGCUGGGAUCGCUGUGCCAGACAGUGCUUGUUACGAUUAUGACAGGAGGAAACGGGGCAUAUCCAGGCCUUGGCCAAAGUAAUAUGGUUGCCGGACGACAGUCUGGUUUGGAGAUAGCGCGGUCACGUUACAGAAACGCCUCACAAGUUCGUGAUGCCACGAAGGGACGGCGUCGCCUUAUCACGGGGAGCAUCUACAUGGCAUGAUAUGUGCGAAGCCAAGGCAAGGUAGUAAAGUCGACGAGAUUGACGAAUUCAAAAAAUUUGAAGACCAC